AUGGCAACUUCAAGAGCCCUGGUUGCCUUUAUAGUACUGAUAUCCUUUUUUGCACAGAUAUGGAACUCGCGAGUCAAGUCGAAAGUGAAUCUGAAUGAGAUACACUCACGUUCGCUGGAAAUUGUGGCUAAGCGUGAAAAUCCUCAUCUGAUGGACCUCGAACUGGCUAAGCUCAAACCUGCCUCCAAUUCAUAUGUGCAUGAGCUGUUUCCCAGACCAAUUUCUGGAGCUCCCCAGUUAGAGAAUGCUACCAUACUGAUGCUAUGUCGGAAUUGGGAACUUCCUGGAGUUCUUAAAUCAAUGAGAUCUUUGGAGGAUCGAUUCAACAAGGAUUAUCAUUACACCUGGACAUUUUUGAAUGACAAGCCUUUUACAGAGAGGUUUAAGGAAGCUACUACAUUUAUGGCCAGCGGAAAGACACAAUACGGUCUAAUAUCGCCCCAAGAUUGGGAUGCUCCUUCGUUCAUAAAUGUGACCAAGUGGGAAGAGUGUUUGCAGGAUUUUGAGGACCGCAACGUGAUAUACGGCGGCUCCAAGUCAUACAGGAAUAUGUGUCAUUUUAACUCAGGUUACUUUUAUAAACAACCAUUGGUGCUACAGUACGAUUACUAUUUCAGAGUGGAACCCGAUGUUGAGUAUUUCUGCGAUUUCCAGAUGGACCCAUUCCGUCUGUUUCGUGAAAACGGCAAGAAGUACGGGUUUGUGAUUUCUCUGAUCGAGUACGAGGACACUAUACCUACUCUAUGGGAGGCCGUGGAGGAUUUCAUGAACGCCAAUCCGGAUAUGAUACAUCCAGACUCCAUGUUCGAUUUUUUGACGGACGACAAACCAAUUGGGGCAGACUAUCUGGUCGUGGAACAUAACUCUUCGUACAACUUGUGCCAUUUUUGGUCCAAUUUUGAGAUUGGCGACCUCAACUUCUUCCGCUCCGAGAAAUACGAAACAUAUUUCAAGUUUCUGAGUCAAACCGGUGGCUUUUACUAUGAGCGCUGGGGAGACGCUCCCGUGCACUCAAUUGCGGCUGCGUUGCUUCUCAACCGGUCAGAAAUACACCAUUUUGAGGAUAUUGGCUACACCCACGUUCCGUUUGCUACAUGUCCCGAAUCAGAAAUGCUGCGCCUUGGAAAACGAUGUAUAUGCGCAGACUCAACGAAAACCGAUAACAUCAACCUGGUCCCGCAUAGUUGCUUGCCACGGUUUUGGAAAUACGCAGGCAAAAGCUUCCUGAGAGAAUACUACCACCCGGAAGAAUACCAAUAA